AUGGCCGCACGCCACCUGCUUGGCCCGGUGAUUCGCAGGAUGGCUCUGAUCGACCCCGUCAACUAUGAAGCUCCCCACAUGGAUGUUGGGAAUAUCAAAUCUGGAGUUCUCAUCCUUUCCGAGUCCUCCGGUGCCUGGCAGCGAUUCUUCCAGACUCUUUUAGGACUUUAUUUCCCAAGGUCGUAG